CCGGACCCCUGGACGGCCCAGGCAUGACCACGGGGGAGUGUUGCCACCUCCCUGGCUCUCUGUGCGACUGCACUGGCAACGCCGCCCUGUCCAAAAGCGUGGAGGACUCGGACAGCCGCAGGGCACAGUACGUCACCCAGGUGACGGCCAAAGACGGGCGUCUGCUCUCCACCGUCAUCAAAGCCCUGGGCACUCAGAGUGAUGGGCCGAUCUGUCGGAUCUGUCACGAGGGAGGUAACGGAGAGGGCCUCCUGUCCCCCUGUGACUGCACGGGGACACUGGGCAACGUUCACAAGAGCUGUCUGGAGAAAUGGCUGUCUUCCUCCAACACCAGCUACUGCGAGCUCUGCCACACCGAGUUCACCAUCGAACGUAGACCCAGGCCUCUCACACAGUGGUUGCGUGAUCCUGGGCCGCGGAAUGAGAAGCGGACUCUGUUCUGUGACAUGGUGUGUUUCCUGUUCAUCACCCCGCUGGCUGCCAUCUCGGGCUGGCUGUGUUUACGGGGGGCUCAGGACCACCUGCACUUUAACAGUCACCUGGAGGCCGUGGGCCUCAUCGCCCUCACCAUCGCCCUCUUCACCAUCUACGUCCUCUGGACCCUGGUGUCAUUCCGUUACCACUGUCAGCUCUACUCCGAAUGGAGACGAACCAAUCAGAAAGUCCGUCUGCUCAUCCCAGAUGCCAAGGGGGCGCACUCUACGCAGCAUUCCUUGCUCUCCACGAAGCUGUUGAAAAAGACGGCAGAUGAGACCAUUGUAUGAGGGGCGGAGUGGACAGGGAGACGGGAGGGGGGGAGGGGCGGGGCGGGGUGG